CACGUAGUUUAGCUUCGCUAUUGGUGCAAAGUUUCCCGGGACUAAAACGUCACACCCACAAUUUCGCGCCAAAUUCAUUGCAGUAGCACUACGUAGUAGGACCUGUGAUCAUUCAGAAUGUCUUCACCAACAUCAACUCCCGGAAGACGCAAGCGCAACAGGGAUGACAUUCCAGCCACUCCUGGCAGUGAUGGCCUGGUCUCCCCUCCUUCCCAGCGGCGGAGACGUCAGGACUCCUCCAACGGGGAUCUGCCGGCCAUGCCCACAUCUCCAGCCACAGACAUUGCCAGCCCUGCUGUCCAUGACACCUCUCUGUUCUCCAGCCCACGCCGCUCAGUUCUCCCCAGUGAGGUGGACAUGAGCUCCCCUCUGAUGUACGGGACUCCUAGCUCCAGGGUGGAGGGCACCCCCCGUAGUGGUGUGCGUGGCACCCCAGCCAGACAGCGCCCUGACCUGGGCUCCAUCAGGAAGGCCCCCCAGGUGGACCUUCACUCUGAGCCGCCAAGUGCAGAUGGUGCAGUAGCCAGUGAGCAGGCAGUGGGUCAGAAGCUUGUUAUCUGGGGCACUGAUGUCAACGUGGGCACGUGCAAGGAGAAGUUCCAGAGAUUCCUGCAGUUCAUUGACCCGACUUCCAACGAGGAUGAGAUGCUGAUACAGUUGGUUGGUGAGCCUGUGCUGAACGUUCAACUCGCCAUGUGCAGUCCUUUGAGCAGACCUGUACAGGCAGCUCAUCUCCUACCCCCAGGAAUCAUCCCCACAUUUGACAUGGCUGUCAAUGAGCUGUUCUUUGAGCGUUCCCAGACUCCAUCUUGUGCACCAGAUCCAGGUGCGGCCGUACAACGCCUGAAGACUAGGAACAUGAGGAGCCUGAACCCUGAAGACCAAAUGAUCACCAUCAGCGGCAUGGUGAUCAGGACCUCCCAGCUGAUCCCAGAGAUGCAGGAGGCCUUCUUCCAGUGCCAGGUUUGUGCCUUUUCUACCCGUGUGGAGGUGGACCGCGGCCGCAUCGCAGAGCCCGCCGUGUGCCGCAACUGCAACACCACCCACAGUCUGGCCCUCAUCCACAACCGCUCAGCCUUCUCCGACAAACAGAUGAUCAAAGUGCAGGAGUCUCCUGAUGACAUGCCUGCUGGGCAGACCCCUCACACCACCAUAGUGUAUGCUCAUAACGACCUGGUCGACAAAGUACAGCCAGGAGACCGCAUCAACAUCACUGGUAUCUAUAGAGCGGUUCCUAUGCGUGAGAACCCUCGCCAGAGCAACGUGAAGUCUGUGUACAAGACCCACAUCGAUGUCAUCCAUUUCCGCAAGACUGAUGAGAAGCGCCUUCACGGGCUGGAUGAGGAUUCAGACCAGAAGCUUUUCACUGAAGAGCGCGUCCAGACACUGAAGGAGCUGGCCUCCAAACCAGAUGUAUACAAUCGUCUCUCCUCCGCCCUGGCCCCCAGCAUCUAUGAACACGAGGACAUCAAGAAGGGUAUUCUUCUCCAGCUAUUCGGGGGCACCCGUAAAGACUUCAGCCAGACAGGCCGCGGUAACUUCCGUGCCGAGGUAAACAUCCUGCUCUGUGGAGACCCCGGCACCUCCAAGUCCCAGCUGCUGCAGUACGUGUUCAAUCUGGUGCCCCGCGGUCAGUACACGUCUGGGAAGGGCUCCAGCGCCGUGGGCCUCACAGCCUAUGUGAUGAAGGACCCAGAGACCAAGCAGCUAGUGCUGCAGACGGGGGCCCUGGUGCUCAGUGAUAACGGGAUAUGUUGUAUUGAUGAGUUUGACAAGAUGAGCGACAGCACGCGCUCUGUGCUGCAUGAGGUCAUGGAGCAGCAGACUCUCUCCAUCGCCAAGGCAGGAAUCAUUUGCCAGCUCAAUGCACGCACCUCCGUCCUGGCAGCAGCCAAUCCUGUGGAGUCUCAGUGGAACCCCAAGAAGACGACCAUUGAGAACAUCCAGCUCCCUCACACACUGCUCUCAAGAUUUGAUCUGAUCUUCCUGAUGCUGGAUCCUCAAGACGAGGCUUAUGACCGUCGCCUGGCUCACCACCUGGUAGCGCUCUACUACCAGAGCGAGGAGCAGAUUGAAGAAGAGUUCCUGGACAUGGCUGUGCUGAAGGACUACAUUGCAUACGCUCGCACUUACAUCAACCCCAGACUGAACGAAGAAGCCAGCCAGGCACUCAUUGAGGCCUACGUGGACAUGAGGAAGAUUGGCAGCGGGCGGGGGAUGGUGUCUGCCUACCCCAGGCAGCUGGAGUCUCUGAUCCGCCUGGCUGAGGCCCAUGCCAAGGUGCGCUUCUCUGACAAGGUGGAGACCAUCGACGUGGAGGAGGCCAAGAGACUGCAUCGCGAAGCCCUCAAGCAGUCCGCUACAGACCCCAGGACUGGCUUUGUCGACAUCUCCAUCCUCACAACCGGAAUGAGUGCCACGGCCCGUAAGCGUAAGGAGGAAUUGACCCAGGCCUUGAAGAAAAUGAUCCAGUCCAAGGGAAAGUCCCCUGCCAUGAAGUACCAGCAGCUGUUUGAUGACCUCCGAGGACAGUCUGAAGCUGCAAUAACAAAGGACAUGUUUGAAGAGGCUCUGCGAGCCCUGGCAGAUGAAGACUAUCUGACUGUCACUGGAAAGACUGUUCGCCUGCUGUAAAGAAACUUGCGUCUCCCCUUACCUUGUACAGUCAUUGAAUUUGCACUUAUUUCCCUGAACCAGCAGCUUUCUCUCUACAGAAUACUGAUCUGUGAAGAAUGUUUGACCACAUUAAUGUUAAUGUCUCAGUCAGGACUAACAUUGUAUGCUUCAUCAUUACUGAUAGUGCUUGGUGGCUUUGAUGUUUUGGUGAGCAAUAAAGAAAUGCUUUAGUAUGUCA